AUGGAUCGCAGCUUGGAUGAAAUCAUUGGCGAAGACACAGGCACUCAGAACCGACCAUCCGGUGGGGGUGGUGGUGGUGGACGUCGCAACCCAGGCCCAGGCCGCCGUCGUGGCGACCGUGAUGGCGUUAGAAAGCCCGUCCUUCCCGUGGUGGUCGUCGGUCUCGUCGUUCAACCUCGCCUGAUCGAUAGUGGCGGUGGCCCUAUGCUGACCAAAGUCCGCGUUGAAAACCUACACUACGAUAUCACCGAGAGCGAUCUGGAUGACCUUUUUGGCCAAAUUGGCCCCGUUUCCGAGCUCACCCUCGUCUACGACCGCGCUGGACGCUCCGAGGGCGUAGCCUACGUCACAUACAGACACCUUAGAGACGCACACGAGUCGGUCAAGGAGUUCGACGGCGCCAACGCGAAGGGCCAACCAAUCCGUCUGACUCUCGUGCAAGGCCGACGCGAACAACAACAACACAAGAGCCUCUUCGAUCGCGUGGAGCGCCCCAAUGGACGGGAUGCCCGUAGCUUGAGCCCCGGAGGUGGUCGUGGUGAUCAAUCAGAGGGCCGCCGUCGUGGUGGCCGCGGCGUCCGCCGCAGCGAUACUUCGAAGCCCGCCCCCGAGAAUAUCGAUCGUUACAUUCCUGGUGAGCGUAAUGAGCGCGGAGACCGUUCUCCCCGCCGCAAUGGUGGUCGACGAGGUGGCCGCGACAACCGGCCCCGGAACGAGCCCCGAAACGAGAACGGAGGAGGUCGUCGAGGCAAUGCUCGUCCCCGGAAGACACAAGAGGAGCUUGACCAGGAGAUGGAAGAUUACUGGGGUGGCAAUGCCGGCACAGAUAAUGCUGAGAAGCCCGCAGAGCAACAGACCGCUCCUGCCACCACUAGUGCCGCCCCUGCAGCCUCAGCCCCGACUGUGAACGACGAUGACAUCGACAUGAUUGAAUGA